GAUUUUCAGUGUUAUUAUUUUGAAUCGUGCGCAUGUGAAACAACGGAGUAAUUUGCAAUUACAAAUGAUUGUGCCAAUGGGAUAAUUACGACGGACGAUAUAUAUAUAUAUUUGAAAAUCGACAUCAGUUUCUACUGUCGCAAGUAGUCAUAUUAACGGACAUCGAAAUGGACUGUAAUCACCGCAUUGAAGUCCCCCAGCGCUCUGGCGGAGGCAAGAAAAUGAAGAAACGGAAAGAACUCGAUGCUCUGAUAGCACAUUCCAUAACAAAAAGAGGUUCCCGCCGCACAAACAAUUCACAGGAUAUGUUGCUAUCAGUAUCCACCGAUGACCUUGAUGAUUUCGCUUGGAUGAGUGUUGCCAGUACGCGCAGAAAUAAUAGACAGAAAUUAAAUAUUCGCAAGUGUGGCCCAUUUGUAUUCGGAAUAACGACAGCUUUGUGUGUGGCCAUUUUAUAUUGGCUCUACUUUGAUCUGCGUCAACAGAUUUCCGAUUAUCAACAAAAAUUUGAAGAAGUAUCUGCCAUAAAUAAAAUCUUCCCGGAUACACUUCAACAAUGGCAUGAGACAACAUCAUUCCUGAUCAAGAAUCAAACAUUUGUCAUAAGCCAAAUAAAUGAAUUAACGCAAUGCGUCGAACAGCUUGGAUCGAAUUUGAGCAGUCUGCAAGCAACAGUUAAUGCUCAACGAAAUUAUGGCCAAGAUAAGAAAUUGGUGGCCGACUUUGGCGCCAAACUGGAAGCGGUUAUCGCUGACAUCGAGGUGAUGAAAGAGCACUACAACAACUACAUCGAGGUACAGAAAAGUCUCGAGCUUGAAACGGAACACUUGAAGGCUAAUAUGAGUCAACUGUCGACCGUUCAGGCGAAUCCGUCCGAGACGAAUUUCACAAGAGAUGUUGACUUUCUCAAUCAAUCAAUAUCAAAUUCUGUCAAAAUAUUAAACAGCAAUAUUAUGAAUGUAAACAGCACUCUCAGUCAGAAGAUACAAAUUCUGCAAGGGGAAAUACUGGCACAUAAGAUCAAGUUGGAUGACUUACUGGAUCGCUCGCAGAAUAUGAUAUCCCACGUCGCUACAUUAAGCAAUAAUUUGCAACAAUUUAAGCAAAAACUAACCAUAGUGGAUGAACAGCUAAAUAAAUUGAAUCAAAAGAAGAGUGAACCCGGCAAAGAUCAAAUUGCUAUAGGGGUGAGCCCACCGUGAAGAUAACUUUGCCAUUUGCACUGUUUGGUAAUGAUUGCGUCCUGCAAAAAGGAGAUAGGAGAUAAGCCCAUAGCAUUGGCUCGGCUUGAUGUGCAAUAGAACGUAUACUGUUUUCAGUCCAAUUACUAUAUAUGUUGAAUAAAAAAAAAUCUAGUCGCUUGUA